AAAAAAGAAAAAAAAGGACUGAUAAAUCAAACCGGCGUGAGUGAGACAGAUGCUCAGCAUCACUUUUGUUGUGUCUGUCCGUCCGUCCAGAGGCACGUGCCCGCGCGGUGCGCGUGAGAGUGGGCGGAGGGCGCGUGCGCGCGGAUGGAGUGUCCCGGAGUCGCAGCCUGGACUCUUCUGACAGGGUUAGUGUGUCUUUACUCGCGAUCGCCAGAAACAUGAGGCGCAGAACAGCUCGGCUUCUCCACUUCUGGUUGUUCUAGUUUAGUUGAAGUGGUUCUGGAUCGAUUCUUCGGUGAGGAAGAGCACAUGAGAGUCCAUCAUCCCUCCUCGGUGUCGGACAUGCUAAAGCCGAGCGAGCCCAGCGGUUCUGCUUUCCUCAAAGUGGACCCGACCUACAUCCAGCACUGGCAGCAGCUGUUCCCACAGAACCCGGUGCCGGUCCCGGUGCCGGUCCCGAGAGCCAGCCUGAUCUCCGUGAGCUCGAGCUCGUCCACCGAGUCUCCCGCGCGCUCCCUCAGUCACGCGCUGUUCGACACCGGAGCCGCUUCUCAAGCCAAAGAACUUUGUUUGUCGUCCAACUUUAAGAAUGAUAAAGGCUCGCGACUGAAGCUGAGCUCCGAGGAACUGGACUAUUAUCUGUACGGGCAGCAGAGGAUGGAGAUCAUCCCGGUCAACAACAGCAACGGAGACGCCAAUAACCGCUGUGACAUGUGUGCUGAUAACCGUAACGGAGAGUGCCCGAUGCACGGACCCCUGCACUCGCUGCGACGGCUGGUGGGCACCAGCGGCUCCUCGGGGCCCGUCCCCACGCCGGACGUGCCGGACUGGCUCCGGGAUCUGCCUCGAGAGGUGUGUCUGUGCACCAGCACCGUCCCGGGCCUCGGCUACGGCAUCUGUGCGGCCCAGCGGAUCCCACAGGGGACGUGGAUCGGGCCCUUCCAGGGCGUCCCGCUCACGCUGGAGAAGCUGCAGUCGGGGUCCGUCAGGAACUCACGACACUUGUGGGAGAUCUACGAUCAGGAAGGGACGCUACUGCACUUCAUCGACGGGAACGAGCCCAGCAAGUCGAGCUGGAUGAGGUACAUCCGCUGCGCUCGACACUGCGGGGAGCAGAACAUGAUGGUGGUGCAGUACAGGUCGUGUAUCUUCUACCGGGCGUGUUCGGACAUCCCUCGAGGGAGCGAGCUGCUGGUGUGGUACAACGACAGCUACACGUCCUUCUUCGGGAUCCCCCUGCAGUGCGUCGCUCAGGACGAAAACUUGAACGUGCCGUCGACUGUAAUGGAGGCCAUGACGCGUCAGGACUCGCUCCAGCCGUUCAGCAAGAGCCCGAAGCCGUCGCCGCUGGCCCUGCGCUCCACAGUGUUCCCCCAGUCGCCCUGCUCGCGCAGCUUCUCCCUGAUGGACAAGACGGGCCACAUGGAGUCCAGUUUGAGCCAGCUGAGCGUGAAGAACCAGCGCGUGCUGGCCAGCCCCACGUCCACCAGCCAGUUGAGCUCGGAGUUCAGCGACUGGCACCUGUGGAAGUGUGGCCAAUGCUUCAAGACCUUCACGCAGAGGAUCCUGUUGCAGAUGCACGUGUGCACGCAGAACCCCGACAGACCGUAUCAGUGUGGACACUGCUCUCAGUCGUUCUCCCAGCCGUCGGAGUUGCGUAAUCACGUGGUCACACACUCCAGCGACCGGCCCUUCAAGUGCGGAUACUGUGGACGAGCGUUCGCCGGCGCGACCACACUCAACAACCACAUACGCACACACACCGGGGAGAAGCCUUUCAAGUGCGAGCGAUGCGACCGGAGCUUCACACAGGCCACUCAGCUCAGCCGACACCAGCGGAUGCCCAACGAGUGCAAACCCAUCAGCGAGAGCAGCGAAUCAAUCCAGGUGGAUUAACUGAUUGACCGGCGCCCAAUUACACGGCCAGAGAAAAUCAUGAUUAAAUGUCACGGACACUUAAGCAAAACCAAAGAUUUCCUGAGAGAAACGCUCAAUCACGCGCACAAAACCAAAAGCAGUAAUAAAAUAAGGGAGAUGUUAAGAGUUAUCGAUCCUGGCGUGGAUGGGGGUGUGGAUGGGGGCGGGGCCAAGGGUUGGGGAGAUUAUUUAUUCAUGAGUCGGUGAAACGAGUGUGUGUUUAGAAGACAGCAGAAACUCACGCUCUCGGUGUGUUUGUCUCGUUUUUACUUUCCUGCGCACUAACACAACCAGCAACACGUGUGUUCCAGUAUCUAUCAUCGUUAACGUUCGGUAAUAAAACACGACUGUUCAUGGUUCGCUUUUUAUUUGACUAAUGUUAACAAAUGAAGCUAAAUAUCUACACAUUCUUAACUGGAGAUUUAAGAUAUUAUUGAUCAAAAUGAACACAUUUCUGCCAAUUCAAAGGGAAAACAAGAUUAUUUUCAUAAGAUUAUUCAUAGAUCUAUAUAUAUUAGUGCUGUGCAACGAUUAAGCGCAUCCAAAAUUUACAUAAUAAAAUGUGUGUAUUGUGUAUAUAAUUAUUUUAUAUAUAUAAAUACACACACAUGCAUGUGUAUA